AUGGUUGUACACAGUUUUUAUGUUAUAAAUCGAAGUGGUGGUUUGAUAUUUUCCUAUGAACAUUCCAUACCAAAAAUUGAAUUAGAAAAAACAUUUAGUUAUCCACUUGAUUUUAUUUUUAAACGAGCACAAAAAGGUGUUGUUGUUGAAUUUGGUCAACGUGAUGGAAUUAAAGUUGGUCAUACAAUUUUAUCUAUUAAUGGAAUACCAACACGAGGAAAUAAUAUUGAUUUUUCUGCUCCAUCAUCAAUAAAUAAUGAUGAUGAUCAACAAAUAUCAUCACCAACAAGUCAUGAUAUUAUUGAAUAUUUAUCUGAUUCAGCAAAUUUUCCUGUAACAAUAAAAUUUGGUCGACCAAGAUUAAAUGGUAAUGAAAAAUUAAUUCUUGCAUCAAUUUUUCAUUCAAUGUAUGCAAUUGCAUGUCAAUUAUCUCCUGAACUUAAUUCAACUGGUAUACGUGAAUUAGAAACCGAUCAAUUUAAACUUUAUUGUUUUCAAUCAAUAACUGGUAUAAAAUUUGUUGCAUUAACUGAUAUAAGACAAGUUAAUGUUGAUGCAUUAUUAAAACGUUCAUAUGAAUUAUAUAGUGAUUAUGCAUUAAAAAAUCCAUUUUAUUCAAUUGAUCAACCGAUAUGGUGUCCUUUAUUUCAAGAAACUGUUAAACAAGCGAUUGAUUCAUUAGAAAAAACUGGUUCACCUUAUACAUAA